AUGAAAGGGGUAGACGACACUGAGUCGCAGAGAUCGACGGCUUCGGCGCGAAGAGCAUUGAGCUCAGUCGUCCAUCGCAAGCCUCGAUUUCUCAUCAUUGGAGCCGGCCGGCGCGGAACCGCCUACGCUUCUGCAGUACGACGAGAGAGGCUGCCAGCCAUCAUUGCGGCGGUUGCAAAACCUGUACAAUCGACACGGAUUUCGUUUGGCAAGAAAUAUGUUUGGGAUGACGGGGCACCACGAGAGGACCAGAGUUUCGACUCGUGGCAGGACUUUCUCGACUAUGAGAGUAAGCGACGGCAAGCCGAAGCUUCUGGAGAGAAAGUCUAUGCGGGUAUUCAUGGUAUCAUUGUCUGCACUCAGGACCAAACACACAAAGAGAUCCUGCAAGCCUUUGGACCACUCAAACUUCACGUCUUGAGCGAGAAGCCGAUUGCAACAUCUCUACAGGACUGCCAGGAUAUAUACGUCAGCCUCGGCGGUGCAACACCGGAAGCAAUUUUUUCAACCGGUCAUGUUCUACGAUACAGCCCUCACAACAUGCUUUUGAGGAAACUUCUCUUAGAAGACAGGGUGAUCGGGGAGGUUAUAUCUGUGGAGCAUACAGAGCCAGUUGGCUGGUUCCAUUUUUCACAUUCGUACGUGCGAGGCAACUGGCGAAAGGAGUCAGUUGCGGCGCCAACACUCCUUUGCAAGGCUUGCCAUGAUAUCGACUUUCUACUGUGGCUGCUCAGCUACAGAACGGAUUCUGGUCAACCGGCCCAUAUGCCCAGCUUGAUUUCCUCAGUUGGCAACCUAUCACUCUUUACCCAGCGUCGAAAGCCCAAGGCAGCGGGAAACGCCACGAACUGCUUCUCUUGUCCUCACGAACAGAGCUGUGAUUGGAGUGCCAAGAAACUGUACCUCGAAAAGCUCUAUGACAAGGGAGAACGAGAUUGGCCUAUUUGUGUUGUUGUUCCCGACAUAGAAGAUAUCACUGCUACAUUGGGGACAGAUCAUGGACGUGCCGUCUUGGAAGAGGUUCUCUCUAUAGACUACGACGCCUCUACACCAAGGGACAUCAUCGAGUCUAAACAGUGGUAUGGUCGUUGUGUCUGGGAGUCAGAUAAUGAUGUUCUUGACGAUCAGAUUGUCACUCUGACCUGGGAUGACGACUCAGGCGCUGUGGGCAACGAGGAAUUCCCCGACCGCGGUCCGAAGACGGCGAUUUUCCAUAUGGCGGCGUUCACAGAAGCCCAGUCCAAGCGGCGAGGCAAGAUCUCGGGCACCCAUGGAGAGAUGCAGUAA